CGAGACUGGUCUUUGGCUUUUAAUUCUCUCGCCACAGGUUUAGCAUGGCGACUGGCUUGCAUAGCUAUGGUUGCAUCGGCGCAAGUACCAGGGCUCCAAGCCUGCAAGCUCGAACCCAGCUCCAAUCACCAGCAAUUCAGAGUGUCGUAUCACAAAAGACUGCAAAAACUCUUUGCCGGUCAGCAGCAACAUCGAGUUCUGCAAUCUCACCUAAGGAUUCGUCCUCGAAAAGCGCAAUUGAGUACAUAGACUUGCAUCAUGUUGGGUUCCUUUGCAGCAAUCUGGAAAAGUCGCUGGAAUUCUACUGCGGUGUCUUAGGAUUAGAGCUGAAUCCAGAGAGACCCGAAAAGAAGUUACCGUAUCGUGGAGCAUGGUUGUGGGUUGGUCCUGGUAUGAUUCAUCUCAUGGAGCUUCCAAACCCGGAUCCUUUAACUGGUCGACCGGAGCAUGGUGGACGAGAUCGUCACGCGUGCGUCACCAUUAAAGACGUCUCUAAACUUCAGGCUGCGUUAGACAGCGCAGGCAUUGUUUACACUGCAAGCAAAUCCGGAAGACCUGCUCUUUUCACCCGUGAUCCAGACGGCAACGCGCUUGAGUUCGCAGAGCCUAUGUAAGCUUUUAAGUUAGAUCGAAAGGGGAAAAGAAAAACGAAGAUAACUUACUUUGCAUA